AUUCUCUGGUUAUAUUCCCUGUGUAGCUCAGUAGGUAGAGCAAGGCACUAACACUACAGGGAUAGGGGUUAUAUUCCCUGCCUAGGUCAGGGGACUGUGUGGUUAUGAAUGAAUGCCCAACUCUAGUGAGAGAGACCUUUGUUAUCCACUGCCACAUGUUGCAUCACGGGAUAACCAAACCAAAACAUGUUUUUUUUUAGUCUUUUCAUCGUUUCAGUCUGAUCUUUUUAUUAACCUGGUGAACUGAAUGUUACUCCUUUCACUAGCAGCCACCCGCUCUCCUCUCUGUUCAGGCCGCUGAUAUGGGAUGUUUACUCUGGUCUAACGGUCAGGGAGGUCUUAAUGAGCAUUAAGGAGCCCUCCUCCGGCUCCUCCUCCGCCCCUUGGAGCAGUGAGGUGGAGCAGGAGGAGGCUCUGGUAGAUCCGGAGGAGCAGUGGAGCCGAGAUCGGAUUAUGAACGUCUAGGCGGAGGACGCAACGCAGGACAGAGAAUAUAUUUGGCGGCUUUUAAUUUGCUGAGGAGGUAGACUUAGAAAUUGACUGAGAAGAGAAGCGCUGAUCAACCCGGGCUCUCUGGACGUCCUGAGGGGCGACUGGACGAGAGAGAGAGAGAGAGAGAGAGAGAGAGAGAGAGAGAGAGAGAGAGAGAGAGAGAGAGAGAGAGAGAGAGAGAGAGAGAGAGAGAGAGAGAGAGAGAGAGAGAGAGAGAGAGAGAGAGAGAGAGAGAGAGAGAGAGAGAGAGGCAGAGAGGUUAAUCUGUCAGAAAGAGUGCUUUUUAUAACUGCAUGAAAAAGUCUACAAAAUACAAAUUUUUGGAUUUCCAAGAGAUAUUCUGUUGAGUCGGGAAAGCCAAGGUGAAGAAUAUGCAACUUGUGAUGAUUUAAACGUGCCCUGAAGUCGCUCUUCGGGAUAACGGAGAAAAUAAGUUCCAGAAUUGAUAGGAUCAAGUUUUAACGCUUUGAAGGAUUUGAGUAGCGGGCUCAGAUUAAGGAGCCCAGAUCAAAGAGCAUAUCAUGGAGCUCCUGGAGGCUCUGUACCGCAGAAGGCUCCGUAAAAAGCAGAAGAAACCUGAUCUGGGCCGCUCCGAACGGGCGCUCUGUCGGUCGCCCUCGGAAACCAGUGUCACCAGUGUCAACCGCCUAGCAACCGGAAUCCUUUCCAAGGUCCUCCGGUUCACCAGCAGGCACAGUGAGCCCACCUCCCGCCCACACUCCUGGCACGCCACCAAGCUAGGGGGGGGUGGGCCGCACCCAUCCCAGCUAGAGGAUCUCUGUCCUGGGGGCCUGGGGGCCCUGCACACCCCCUGGCACCAAGGGUACCAACACCACCAUACCAGUGUGUCCACCACAGACCUGUCUGCUGGGUGGGACUCUGGGUUCAGCUACCUGAGGAGGAGUCCAGAGCAGUACAGCUCCCGGGAGAGUCUGGACAGCCUGGACGCCCCGCCCCCCCCCCAGAGCCGGGCUGGACCCCGGGACCCCCCCCUCGACCCCCAUGACCACAGGGAACACCAACCCGCCCCCCCGCAUCCAUCCACCAGGUCCUCCCACAGCAUGGACCUCCUGCACAGCAAGAGGGACUCGGCCUACUCCUCCUUCUCCACCUCCUCCAGCAUCCCCGACUACCUGGCCUCCGCCCCCUCGCUCAGCUCCGAGCGCUGCUACUCCCUGGAGAGUGUCUCCCCCCGGGGGAGGGAGGGGGAGGGACGCUACUCCCUGGAGAGUGUCUCCCCCCGGGGGAGGGAGGGGGAGGGACGCUACUCCCUGGAGAGUGUCUCCCCCCGGGGGAGGGAGGGGGAGGGACGCUACUCCCUGGAGAGUGUCUCCCCCCGGGGGAGGGAGGGGGAGGGACGCUACUCCCUGGAGAGUGUCUCCCAGCGGGGGAGGGAGGGGGAGUGUCCCCAUGGCCACGCAGGCUUCAUGCGCUCGGAGCUCACCUCUGCUGCGUCGCUAGGCAACAGCCUAUCCCAGGAUAGGGGCGUGGUGAAGAUAGAAUCUGGGGGCGGGGUCUUUUACCAUGGCAACUGCAGUAGUGGUAGCAGUGGCGGGGUCCACGGGUCGAAGCGCCACAGCGUUGGGCCCAUCUGGGGCCCGACGGCCGGCCCCAGCUCCUCAGACCCCCUGAAGGAGGCCCCGGCCCCCCCCCACCGCAGUGACAGCUACCGGGCCACCAGGACCCACGAGAGACCCAGCUCCUGGUCCAGCCUCGAGCACGGCCGCUCGCUACGGUCGCUACAUAAAGGCUCCUGGCAUCACUCCAGUGGCUCUGUGGCUCCAGCCAAAGGCUCGUACGCCGCCGACGUCCAGCUGCACACCGUGGUGGAGAAGAGCCCCGAGAGCAGCCCCACGCCCAGGCCUCGCCAGGGGGGGGGCCUCCCUGGGGCCCCCAGCACCAGCCCUGUACCCCUCCCCUACAGCCAGGGCCCCCCGGCCGCGGGGGCCAGGGAUCCCCUCCCCAAGCUCCAGCAGGGCGGGGGGGCAUGGAGCGGGGGGGGGGAGGAGGAGGAGGGACGGAGGGGCAGGGAGAACGGGCUCCAGAGCAGCCUGGGUCCUGCCGCACCCCCCCACCUGUCCUCCUCCUCCUCCUCUUCGUCCUCGUCUUCGUACGGUCCCCUCAGGAGGACGCUGCAGGGGGCAGACAGGGCUGAAGACCCCCCGGUCUCCCCCAGGGUCGCCCAGGGCCAGGCCCCUGCUCGCCCCCCCCACACAUCAUCAUACCCCCAGCCCAGCGCCCUGGCCCCCCCGUCCUGGGACCAGCAGGAGACCCCCCUGACCCGGCUGGAGAUGGCGCUGGCAGAGGUCCAGCGGUGCGCCGGCUCUGACAGCGUUUUCACCCCCGCCAGUAGCCAGGAGGGUGGUAGCCAUGCCAACAGCGGUGGUAGCCAGGCCAACAGCGGUGGUAGCCAUGCCAACAGCGGUGGUAGCCAGGCCAACAGCGGUGGUAGCCAGGCCAACAGCGGUGGUAGCCAGGCCAACAGCGUUGGUAACCAGGACAGCGGCGUGAGCCUGUCCGUCCUGGAGAAGGUUUGCCGCUUUGAGAGGCGGGAACACGGCGUGAAGCAGCGUAGCCUCAGCAGCCGCAGCUACAGCCUGCAGUUCAAGAAUGAGCCGGGUCAGAGUGGGAGGAGCUCCCCCUGUGGAGCGGAGGACCUCCGGAACAUGCUGGAGAGGAGCGGCUCCAAAGCCCACCGCACCAUGAGCUACAGGGGGCGGAGCAGUGACCCACCCCCACACAGGGGCCAAGCUGACCCCAGCUCCGUGCUGCUGAGGAGCCGCAGCACCUUCCACCUGAGAGAGCCCCCCCCAGAAGAGAGCCAUCAGCCCCUCUGUGCUGCUGGACAGCCCCCACACACCCUCCCCCACCUAGACCACGCCUUCAGCAGCUCCUACAGGGACUCCCUGAAGGACGCCCAGUCCAGGGUGCUGGGCUCCACCUCCUUCCGACGGAGGGACCUCAGCUCCUCCUCCUCUGGCCUCCUGUCCCCCACCAGCUACCUCUCCCUGGAGAAGAGGGGUCCCAAGACCAAACCCAAACCCCAGUGCCCCGUCCCGACCUCCUCCGGCCCCCCGCCCCUCGCGUCCCCUCACACCCCCAGGGAGAGGCACACCGUGGGCCCCCCCGCCCGGCCCGCCGCCCCCGCCGCCGGACCCCCGCUGCUGGGCCGGGUGUGCGGCCGCAAGCGCCUCAGCGUCCAGCAGAAGAAGAGGUCCUACUCAGAGCCGGACAGCCUGCACGAGGUGGGGGUGUCGGACCCCGAGACCAGCGCCCUCUUCAGGAGGGGAGAGAGCAGCGUGGCGGACCGCAGGCGGCUGUUUGAGGGGGCGGCGCCCGGGGGCAGCCUGUGUGGGGACGGGCCCCGCCCCCAGAGCACUGGGCCCCGCCCCCAGAGCGCCGGGCCCCGCCCCCCAGCCCUACGGCAGGCCCAGCAGGACGCGCUGGCCCAGUACAUCCAGAGGAAGAGGAACGAGAGGAGGGAGCAGGACAGGCCUCAGAGACCCCACAGCUGCCUGCAGCCGGACCCCGAGAGACGGACAGAAACCUCCAGUCUGUCCUCCGCCUCCAGCCUCCUGUCCCUCCAGGAGUCCUGCCCGGACUGGAGCCUCGUCCCUGGGGAGGGAUGGCUGGGCACCCCCCUGACCCCUGGAGCUCAGAGCAGCAUGAGGUCUACCAGACCCCCGUCCUCGGGCACUGACCCAGCCUCCCCGCCCCUCCUCCACGCUGGGGUGCCCUGCUUAGUCCAAGCCCCAGCAAGACCCCUCCAGGGCCCCCCCCCGGACCAGGGCCCCCCCCCGGACCAGGGCCCCCCCUCGGACCAGGGCCGCUCCCAGCAGGUGCCCGGGGCCCUGCAGGGGCCCCUGUCCAGCAUGCUGGGCUCCACAGAGGAUCCUCCGGACGAGAGAGAGAUGGGCGAUCGACUCCACCGCGGUUUUUCAACCGCCCAGCAGGACGUCAGAGAGGUCUCCAUGACAACGCUUCCGACAGCUGAAGCCCUGCAGCAACCUGACAGACCAAUGAACGCUCAGACUCCAGAGGGACACGCCCCCUCCUCAGACCCCGCCCACCACCACUACCAGGGGGAUGUCAGCCCUGGCAUCUCUGCGUUCGCAGCUCCUCAAGCAGGAGCGAGCGAGUCUCACCCACCUGUCACCAGGAGAGAGAGGCCUCAUAUCUCCUCCCCGCUGGCUGCCUCGGUGGGCCUCCCCUCCCCCCUGCCUCACCCUACCUCCCCCUCGCCCCGCUCCACCUCCCCCCUAUAUCACCGCGUCACCUCCGCCCCGAGGCUACUGAACACUGUCGGGGACGGUGUCACGGUGGAAACCACGACAACGGCGGCGACGGAGGACAGUGACAGGGUGAACCGCUUCUCCCUCCCCCUCCAUCCCUCCCCACCCUCCACCCAGCGCUGCCUCUCCUCCCUCAGGACCUCAGAGUCCCGCCUCCUCAGCCUAUCAGAGCCCUCGGAAGUGUGCCAAUCGGAAAACGACACGGACGAGGUCUUCCCUCCUUUUCCGCAUCUUCUACCAAUCACAGAGAGUGACAUCACAAAGUAUCCCCCUCCUCUUCCUCCUCAGCAGGAGGUGCUGGGGGCCGCUGGCCUUACUUGCAGUUUCCAUGGAGACCACCCCUUAACCAUGGUGACCACUGCCUCGGUCGGCCCGUCUCCUCAUCCUGUCGCCUGCUCAGUCCCUGGGGACAUCAUCUCCCAGGAGGCCCCGGAUAGCCUUGGGCUAAAGUACCAGCCUCUGCCCAGGAGAGAGCCCUCUGCCCCGGAGCUGAGGGUUCAGGUUCUGCUGGGCCAGCUGGUGUCGAGGGAGUGCUCGCUGGCGCCCCUGCUGGACACCGUGGGGAUUGAGAGGACCGUAGAGCUCAUGGAGGAAGUGUUCCACGGCUCGGCAUCGACUGGUAGAGCACCAUGGCAACGCAAGGACGGCAGCCUUUGGGGCGAGCACAGAAGCCAAGGUGGAGGAUCCCCUGGCGGCCUGGAGACAGAUCUAGAUGACAAGGAGAAAGACCUCAACAUAACCAAGGUGGCGCUGUGUGCGGCCCUGAGGAGCAGUGUGGAGGCGCUGCAGGAGGAGAAGGAGGGGCUUCAGGAGGAGCUCCGGCAGCACCGGGCGCUGGGCGCCGGCCUGGAGGCCCUGGUCCAGGACCGCUGCCGGCCCAACGAGAGGGAGAAGUACCGCGUGUUCACAGGAGACCUGCAGAAGGUGGUCAACCUGCUGCUGUCCCUGUCGGGCCGCCUGGCCCGGACCGAGGUCGCCCUGCACCACCUGGAGGACCGACAGGAGGACGACACGGGGGAGAGGGCCUCCCUUCUCCUGAAGCGCUCCCAGCUGCUGUCCCAGAGGGAGGACGCCCGGGAGCUGAAGGACCACCUGGAGCGCCGGCAGCGGGUGGUCCGCUCGCUGCUGUCGGCCCGCCUGGGCCCCCCCCAGCUGCUGCUGUACGGCCGGCUGGUCAGCGCCACGCCCUCCCUGCUCAUCCGACAGCGCCGCUUGGACGACCUCAUCCGGCAAGGGGAGGAGCAUCUGGUGCUCGUCAAGGAGACCCUGCCCCCCCACCUGGCCGUGGAGCCGUCCUCUGGCCCCGCCCCCUUCCCCUCCCUAGCCACGCCCCAGGGCCACGCCUACGCGGGCCGCGGCACGGCCGUGACGUCGCUGUGACUGCGCCGCGGACACUAACGGAGCGUUGUGGGUUGUGGGCGUGGCUUUGGCUUUGGCGAAGAAGAAGGCCGGGCAGGACUGAAGGAGGUCAAGAACUACUGAUCAUCGGAAACAUGAAGGAACGUAUUUAUAGUAGCCGCUUCUCCUCCCCCCUCCGCUCCCCCUCUCCCUGAGGGACAGCUCUUUGGCUCCCCCUCUCCCUGAGGGACAGCUCUUUGGCUCACCCUGACGGCUCCUUAAUAAACCAAUCCCUGUUCAGCAGCAGAUCGAGCGGGGAGCAUGCUGAUUGGUCGAGCAGGGAGCAUGCGCACUGUUUUGUUUUUGACGGCCAGACGUGAGAAUGAAAUGAAGCCAUCCGUUAAAAACGGUCAUAUCAGAGGCUUUGCUAUACCACCCACUCUGCAGCAGCUUUCAGCACACACACACAAACACACACGCAAACACACACACCCAGCUUGCCUUAUUGCCACCACAGUGGUGUAACAAUGUUUUGUUGUGUAGUGUUGUUUCACCACAGAUCAGUGUGUUUUGAUGUACUGUACCGUGUGCUUUAAGAAGAGGCCACAACCUCCUUGUUCUACAAAAUAAAUCCGUUAUCAAAGA